AUGACACACAGAUACGACAACUACUAUUCACAAACCCUAAAUACACAUGAACAGCAUCCCAUUGAGCUUACUGAAGGACGCUGGCCGCUAGAAAACAGCGGCCCACUAAAUGGAAGAGGUCAUGACUCCGAAUCAGACUCUAGCAUGAACGAUUUCCCGGUCAUAGACACUGAAAGAUAUAUGGGAAACAGGAAACUGGCAAUGUCCAUGUCAGAUAGUGUGAAUUCAUCCAGUCACGCGGGGAAGGGUGAAAAGGAUGCUCGUUAUCGUACGGCACUGAGGGCCUUUCUAAUUGUGUCCAUAGUAUCGGCCUUGUUGGUGAUGGGCCUAGAAGGAUUCAUGUUUGGUGCACUUACAAAGCAUAGGCUGCGCUUCUUUUCGGAGCUACGAUAUUACGAGAUCUCCAUCUUCUUGGCGCUCUUCAUCUUCGCGGCAAUAUACCAGGUGAUCAUCACUGUAGUUGGACUCAUCACAAAGAACAUGCUUCUAUUGUCGAUGCUAUGUGUCUUAUAUGUUUGUAUGUUGAUAUAUACGGGUCUUCAGUACCUGGAGAUCUCCAGGCGUGUUAACUUGGUGGGAGAUAAGGGUUGGGACAGGGCUGUCUUUGCAACCAACGUGACUACGAUUGUGGUUUUGGCAAUCACUUUGAUAGUGCAGUUUUCGCUCAUAUACUUUGUUCUUUGGCGCGGAGUUCAGUGGUUCCGGUUCAAGAAAAUCGGCGCCAGUUUCGAGAUCAAACAGUUGUACACCUAUUUCCAGAUGCACCGCAGUCUUCUCAUCUUUGACUUUUUCUUUUUCCUCGGAUUCACCGUACAAUUCAUCGUGAUCAUGAUUUCUGACCGGACCUCCACAGAGUUCAUUUUGACGUGUAUCAUGCUCCCGUUGACCAUCGUAGUCUUGUUUGCCAGUGAUUUUGCUGCAACUCGAGAAUGGCUUGGCCUCACAAUUGUGACCACGGUUUUCUUCCUUGGCGGGUGCUCCUAUGUUUUAUUCAAGAUUGUCCGUCUAUACACCAAGUACACCUCCGCAUACGAUAUUGCCGUGGUACCGGGCGCAUAUUUCCCAGGCAGGUCGUCGCUUGUUGCCUUUGGAGUCAUCACAUUGGUCUUUCUAUUUGCCACGAUUGCCAUGGAAAUAGUCAUGGCCAAAAACUACAACCGCGGACUUCUACCGUAUGUUCAGAACUACUUUUCUUCCAAGCCUUUCAGCAAGAGUGAGGACAGUAAAGCUACAGCCACAGCCAUGGAGACCGAGUCUAUUGUUAUUGACUAA